AUGUCGCACCCAUAUCAGUGCCUUCUCCACUGCCAUCAAGCCGGUCAAGUUGAAUCCGGCAUCUUAGUUUUCGCAUCUGGACCCUAUAUUCAUACAUUGAGUGCACAGAAUGGAAGAUAUCUCUCUACAUGGCCAUCUCUUGAGAAUACAACGCAGACUCGAUCAACUGGCCAAAACAAUGGAAACGGAUUAGAAGUGGCGCAACUGAAGAGCUCACCUCAAGAUGAUUCUGAACGGCCCUCGAAGCGUCAAAAACUAUCUCCAGCAAGGGACGAGUCUUGCAGUUCCUCGGCGGAGAUCGUAGUAGCGAGAGACAGUGACAACGGAGAAUCGUCAAAUUCUCAGCAACCUUUGAAUCCACCAGUUAUCAAGCUGGCUGGUACCUCCGCCGGUCAACACGUGAUUGCCGUGACGGGCGAAGACAAAUGUAUCAGGGUAUUCGACCUGGCAGCAACUGGCAUUUUAACGCAGCUCAGUGAAAGGCAAGACAGUAAUAGAUGGUUACUUUGCGUUAUGUACUGA